GCUUUAAAAGGGACAUUUAGAAAGAGACAAAGCUACUUCAUCGCUUUACUGUUAAUCUACUUAAAUUAAACGUUAUUUAAAUCGCGCGACGAUCCUGCCCCUUUCUCGACUCCUCGCGCUCUAGUAACUUAUCGUCCUAGCGACAUCCCUAGACGCGUUCUCUCGCACGCUCGUCUACGUUGGUCCGACUGUGCAAUGGCCGUUCGCUCGACGGUUAAGUCAGGUUAGGUUCGCGCGGAUUUGGCGCCAGUUCUGCGUGUUUACUAACAACCGUUCGGAUUGACGUGUCCAGUCGGUCGUGGCAGUUCUCCGGCUUUCUGACUGAAACCCGAGUCCAAGCGAGUCGCCGGACCGUUGUCAAGUGAUACCAAGAUCGGCGGCGGCCCGUAAUCCUAUGUGCUCCGCUAAGUAGCGAUGGUCAGGCGGAAGAACGUGCCGAGGGUGAGUUUUAUUUCGCGAACCAAUCUUUAACCAUGAGAAAUGGAUUGUCGACCGCAACUGCAGCCAACUCUGGAGAAAGUGGCAAAAAUCUCGUUAUACACGUCUCAAUCAGAUAAGAUCCAAUUGUAUCUCGAGAAAUAUAAUUAGAUAUCGCAUGACUGAGAUGCGCAUAACGAGAUGUUUUUCCAUUUUUCCCAGGAUUUGCUACGGAUGCGGUCGGUAAUAAAUCUCCUAUGAUAAAAGGUUGAAAGAAUUUUUAAUUCUGUAAAACCAAUUCGAAGACAGCUGUGCCGCACUGCACGUCGGUAUCCCCUUAACUCAGUGAUGUAUUGGUAUUCGUAUUGUAACUUACCAAUUAGUUUAGUUUUAUGUUUGUACCAUUUUUUUCAUUUUGUCUGUAUAUACACAUUUGUAUUUAUUUGCCAAAUAUAUUUCAGGUCUAACAAGUCUCGACACCCAGCGAAAAGAGACAGAGCGACAACUGUGAUAGUCGACAGGCGUAAAAAGAAAAGCCACGUGCUGCAAGAAAUUAAGCAUCUAAGGAGAACCACGCACUUUCUUAUACCUAAACUACCUUUCGCGCGCUUAGUCAGGCAAAUCAUCCUCGAAAUAUUCCCUCGACUAGACUGCAGAAUACAAGCCAGCGCUCUCGAAGCCUUGCAAGAAUCGACAGAGAUGUACAUCGUGCAAUUCUUCGAAGAUUCAGUAUUGCUGGCGUUACAUGCUAAACGGGUCACUCUUAUGCGAAACGAUAUAAUUUUAAUGCGCAGGCUGAGGGGCCGCAACGAUAUCAUCAACAGAUAGAGAAUUUUAUUUUACAUAAGGGUCAGAGCUCAAAGCAACGUAAUAGCUUGCGUUUCGAGCACAAUA